UGCGUCGUUUUUCUGUGGGCGUGGAUCUGCCUAAAUAACGGUGCGGGCCACACUUCAGGGUUUUCAGACAGAGAUACUGCAAGAAGGAAAAAACAGCGUCAUGCCAGAAGGGUAAAAGCGGCGAGGGGGUCGUUGACUUAUUGAUCCGCAGUGAUCGGGCACAUCUUCAUCUGCAGUCGUUCCCUGUAACGUUAGUCUAUGCGCGAAUAAAACUCUCGACUUUAAGUCACAGCAGAUGUUGAAUUUGAGUUGCAAAUCGCUGCGCGCGAUCGCUUUGUAAUCGUAUCUCGACUUCGGACAAAUUUGCGUACAAACCAACAGACCACAAUGUCGCACGUUGAUUCAGGGCCGAAAAAUGACUCGGACUCGGAAAAGAAGUGUGAACCAGCCCAGGACACUUCAUCAGGAGAAAUGGACGUCCCUAAAACUAAACUAUUUGAUGCCAAGGCAAUCUUAUGGACUUUUGGCAAAUGUCUCACUACCUUGUUGCCCGUUUACCUGGCUGGUUACUAUCGGAUGAGCACUAGUUUAGUGGUGUUUGGGAUGAUGGUUUACGCAGGAUGGAAACACUCUCGUGAGGCGAAGGAGGCGAGACUGAAGUCCGCUAUAGAGUUAGUCAACGACGAACAAGAAUACAUAUCCUCCAAAUCAUUUAGAAGUAGAAGAGACCUGCCUUCUUGGGUCAAUUUUCCAGAUGUGGAGAAGGUUGAAUGGCUAAACAAGGUUAUCCAGCAGGCCUGGCCAUAUAUUGGUCAGUAUUUGGAGAAGCUGCUGAUGGAAACCAUUGCUCCAUCCAUCCGCGGCUCCAGCAGUCAUCUGCAGACGCUCAGCUUCACGAAGGUCGACUUUGGUGGCAAGCCGAUGAAGGUGGUUGGAGUGAAGGCCCAUACAGAAAAUGAGAAAGGUCAAAUUCUGCUUGACGUUUACAUCAGUUACGUGGGGGAUGUUGAGAUAAACGUGGAGGUGAAGAGGUAUUUCUGCAAGGCUGGUGUGAAGGGAAUACAGCUUCAUGGAAUGAUGCGUGUGAUUUUGGAGCCACUGAUUGGUAAUGUCCCAAUCGUGGGCGCUGUGACCAUGUUCUUCAUUCAAAGACCUAAACUGACCAUUAACUGGACCGGUUUGACCAACCUGCUGGACAUUCCAGGACUCAAUGUGAUGUCAGAUACUAUGAUCAUGGACGCGAUUGCUUCAUUCCUGGUUCUGCCCAAUCGUCUCACUGUUCCUCUAGUGGCAGACCUACAUGUGGCACAGCUGCGGUGCCCUUUACCCAGGGGAGUUGUGCGCAUUCACUUGGUGGAGGCUGAUGGCCUGGCUUCGAAGGAUAACAGUGUGAUGGCGGGUAUGUCUGACCCGUAUGCCCUGCUCAGAGUCGGCCCGCAAACCUUCAAAUCCCGCCAUCUGGACAACACGCUCAGUCCCAAAUGGGAUGAAAUGUAUGAGGUCAUCGUUCAUGAGGUGCCUGGUCAGGAGCUAGAGGUGGAAGUGUUUGAUAAAGAUCCUGAUCAUGAUGAUUUCCUGGGCAGAACAAAGUUAGACUUGGGGAUUGUGAAGAAAUCUCAAAUAGUGGAUGAGUGGUUCACGUUGAAGGACACCCCUACAGGACGGGUUCAUCUCAGACUGGAGUGGCUGACGCUAGAAACCGACACAGAGCGACUGGAAGAGGUUCUGAAGAGAAAUGAAAGUGUGGUGAGUAAAACAGCAAAGCCGCCCUCAGCAGCCAUCUUGGCAGUGUAUCUGGACAAGGCUGAGGCACUUCCUAUGAAGAAAGGCAAUAAGGAUCCCAAUCCGAUCGUUCAGAUUGCAGUGCAAGAUGUUACUCGUGACAGCCGGAUUUGCUGGAAUACGGUGAACCCCCAGUGGGAGGACGCUUUCACUUUCUUCAUCAGAGAUCCUAGCAAGCAGGACAUUAACGUACAGGUGAAGGAUAAUGACCGUGUUCAGGUUUUGGGAAGUCUGUCCGUUCCUGUUUCCCGUCUUCUCUUUUGUCAAGAUCUGAAUUUGGAUGAGUGGUUCAAUCUGGAGAAUUCUGGUCCAAAGAGCCGCAUCCACAUCAACACAGUGCUCAGGGUGCUCUGGUUGGAUGAAGCCGCUGCAGCUGCCUCUCUCCUCUCCAGUGACCCUCUUUCAAAGAGUUCUGCCUCUCGUCCACAGAAGACGACGCCCCAUUCCAGCUUCGCCACUGAGGGGAUGCUGCGUAUCCACCUCGUGGAGGGUCAAAAUCUGGUAGCGAAGGACAAUCUGAUGGGUGGGAUGGUGAAGGGCAAGAGUGACCCGUAUGUCAAGAUCCAAGUCGGAGGUGAAACCUUUAAAAGUCAAGUGAUCAAGGAGAACCUCAACCCCGUCUGGAACGAGAUGUAUGAGGUGGUUUUGACGCAGCUUCCUGGUCAGGAGUUGACCUUGGAAGUUUUUGAUAGGGACAUGGACAUGAAAGAUGACUUUAUGGGCAGGCUGAAGAUGAAUCUGAGUGAUAUAAUUAGCUCCGAAUACAUUAACGAGUGGUUUACUCUGAGCGACGUUAAGCGUGGCCGUGUUCAUCUUGCUCUGGAAUGGCUUCCCACUGUAACACAACCAGAGAAACUACAGCAGGUGUUGCAGUACCAGUCAAAGAGCUCGUACCUGAAUAAGACAGUGCCGACUGCCGCUCUCCUGUUUGUGUAUGUGGAGCGCGCGCAUGAGCUUCCUUUGAAGAAGAGUGGAAAGGAGCCUAAAGUUGGUGCUGAGCUGAUUUUGAGAGGAACUUCUCAUAGAACCACGGUCUCUGACCGCACCAGCUCUCCCCAAUGGGACGAGGCAUUUCACUUCCUGGUUCGAGAUCCAUUGAAUGAAGACCUUGUUGUGAAGUUGUCCCACAAUUGGGACUUCUCUCUGGGAUCUGUGGUGAUUCCCAUCAAAGAGCUGCUCUCUGAAGCAGAUCUGAUGCUGGAUCAGUGGCUCGAUCUGGAUGGAGCGUCACCCCAGAGUCAGAUUCUUCUCAAAGCUCAGCUGAAGAUUCUUUGUCCUAAAGAGACGGAGAGCUCUGAAGACCAUGAGGAGCCCAAACAUCCUGAAGCGUCCAGCUUUAGAAGAAAACCGGAGGAGGAAUUAGUGCAGGAGUCUAGUAUUAAGGAGGUCCCACCAUCUCCUGUCAGCAGGACUUCCCCUGUGUCAGUCCCAGAAGAGGAGGAAGUCCCUGAGGUCACAGAGGUCCCAGAAGUUUCCAGUUCAGAUGACCUUCGACCCUUGCACACCAGCCCUGACCCCAGCUUUGGUGCCGAGGGCGUGCUCCGCCUCCACCUGCUGGAAGCUGAAGAUCUGGUAACGAAGGACAAGAUGAUGGGAGGGAUGGUGAAGGGGAAGAGCGACCCGUAUGUCAAGAUUCAUAUCGGAGACAAAAUCUUUAAGAGUCAUGUGAUCAAGGAGAACCUCAACCCCGUCUGGAACGAGAUGUAUGAGCUGGUUCUGACCUCCAGGUCGACCUCUGAUGUCCUUGUGGAGGUUUUCGACAAGGAUGUGGACAAAGACGACUUUUUAGGGAGGGUGAAGAUCAGCUUACAGGAGAUCAUUCAGUCUCAGCUGACUGACGAAUGGUUUUCUCUGAAUGAUGUCAAACAUGGCCGGGUUCACAUGAUUCUGGAGUGGCUGCCCACAGUCACACAACCUGACAGACUACAACAGGCUCUGCAGUUACAGUCAGAGCAUUCGUACCAGAACAAAUCUGUGCCGUCAGCUGCUCUGUUCUUCAUUCUCUUGGAGAGAGCUCACGACCUGCCGCUGAAGAAGAGUGGAAAGGAGCCCAAAGCUGCUGCAGAGCUGGUGUUAGGUGACAUUUCCCAUAAAACCAAGGUGUGUGAGCGCUCCACGUCUCCUGAGUGGAGAGAAGCGUUUCACUUCCUGCUUCAUAAGCCUACAGAGGAGAUUCUUAUUAUAAAGCUUUCAAGUGCCUUUGAGCAGCCCUUAGGCUCAGUGGUUCUACCAAUCAGAGAGCUGCUUUCAAAACCAGAUCUACUGAUGGACCAGUGGUUGAGUCUGGAUGGAGCAGGUCCUGACACUCAGAUUCUGCUGAGGGCACAACUUAAGAUUUUGGACUCAAGUUUGGAUACAAGUGUCCUUCAUCGUAAAAAGCCUGUUGUUGAAGAAGAGCAUUCAGUGGGUGAAGAGCAGGAAGAAAAAGCUACAGUCACUGUUGAACACUCACAAGCUGCAGUCAGUAAAGAGUCUGAGAAGAAAACGCUGCCAACAAAAGGGGUCAGUGAACUGGCAGCCUCUACUUUAGCACUUCCUGCUGUAUCACUGCCUGAAGAACAUCAGAAACAAACAGACGCCCGUGAUACAGAUGACCAUCACACGCCAUCUGUACCCAAAACACAGCCUGCCACUGAGGAUCUCAGCAAAGUUCCUGAUUCCACUCCCAGUGAGGGUGGAUACAUGGAACCAGUCAAAACAUUUGGAUCAGCCCAUGAAGAGCAAAAACCAGAAGAGCAGUCUCACAAGAAGGUUUCCCCCAGUGCUCCUGCAGAGGAGUCAAAAGUCAGUAGUUCUGCAGACGUUCGACCCCAAAAGACCUGCCAUGACCCCAGCUUUGGCACCAAGGGGGUGCUGCGCAUCCAUCUUUUGGAAGCUCAGGAUCUGGUAGCGAAGGACAACAUGAUGGGAGGGAUGGUGAAGGGGAAGAGCGACCCGUAUGUCAAGAUCCAUAUCGGAGACACAACCUUUAAGAGUCAUGUGAUCAAGGAGAACCUCAACCCCACCUGGAACGAGAUGUAUGAGAUGAUUCUGAGUCCCGAUCAUGAUCUAGACGUGAAGUUUGAGGUCUAUGAUAAAGAUUUUGAAUCUGAUGAUUUCCUUGGAAGGUUCAAGCUCAAACUUGGACAUAUCAUCAGUUCCCAGUACAAUGAUGAAUGGUUUACUCUGAAUGAUAUAAAACACGGUCGAGUCCAUUUGGUCCUGGAAUGGCUUCCCACCUCAACACAGUGGGAUAGAUUGGAUCAAGUAAUGCAGAUGCAAAGCUCUCAGACCUACCAGAACAAGUCUGUGCCGUCAGCAGCGUUGUUGUUUAUUUACUUAGAAAGAGCUCAUGAUCUGCCUUUGAAGAAAAGUGGAAAGGAACCCAAAGCUGCUGCUGAACUUGUACUUGGAGGAACAUCCUAUAAAACCAAGGUGUGUGAUCGCUCAUCUUCUCCUUACUGGAAUGAAGCAUUUGACUUUCUGGUUUAUGACCCCAAAAAAGACAUACUGGUCAUUAAGCUCUCAAGUGCCUGGGACCAACCCAUGGGCUCUUUGGUUCUACCAAUCAGAGAUCUGCUUUCAAAACCAGAUCUACUGAUGGACCAGUGGCUCGAUCUGGAUGGAGCUUCACCAAAGAGCCAGAUGUUACUCAGGGCACAGCUGAAGAUCUUGGAUUCAAAAAUGGCUGCCUUAGUGGCCAUGGGUUCAGGUCCUGUGUUGAGUAAUAAGCAGGCGGCCACCACCGGUCAGAUCAAAAUCUCCCUUUCCUUCCAGAAGAAGCUGACAGUGAUCAUCCAUGCCUGCAGGGGUCUGGUUACAUCAUCUAAGGACAGCUUAGACACCUACGUCUCCCUCAUUCUGCUGCCGGAUAAAAGCAAGGCCACGAAAAGAAAGACGACUGUGAAGAAGAAAAAUCUGAACCCUGAGUUCAAUGAAAGGUUUGAGUUUGAUAUGAGUGUAGAGGACGCUCAGAGACGAGAGCUCAGCGUUUGUGUGAAAAACGCAUCCUCGUCCUUCAUGAAUCGAGACAAAGACGUGAUCGGCCAGGUGCAGAUAGACCUGGGACAUGUUGACUUAGUCUCUGGAGUCACAGAAUGGUUUGAUCUGAAAGAAGAGCAGAACUAGCUCUAACUAGAACACAGUGUUCUUGACCCGAGCACUUCACAGCCAACCUUAAACCUCUUCCUGAAGUUCAUCAGGUUAACUCUGCUGUCAUGUAUCGCUGCCAGUGCUUCCCUUCCAUCUUGUUUUAUAACUUCACAAACACACAUAUAUUUCUUUCCUCCGUCUAUUUAUCAACAGAUGAUUUUUGAGUGACCGGGUUAUAUGUUAUGAUUGAUCUUAGUGAUUUGAACAUAUUACUGCAUUGACAAAUCAAGUUUAGAGUAUUACAUCAGAACUGAUAUAUAAAUUGGUGAUAUCUGUAUAAAUCAGUAUCGGACGACUGAAUGCUAGCCGUAUGUAUUUACAGAGAUGUUGAGUAGGUGUCUGGAAAGAGUCUUGUCUUCCUGUGCAGGUUGCAGGAUGCUGCAUUUGUGUUUAAAUUCAGAAGGAAAAGGAUGUUUUAAAAUGGGUUUCAUGUUUUGUUGUUUUUAAACCAAAUAAAUAUUUCUUUUUCUUUAUUGAAAAUGACAGGAUACAAUACUAGGUCUAAAUGUACAAAUUUAUGAAGGAUUAUAAUUGACAGAAAUUUGUGCACCAAAAAUAUAAAGUGGUGUUAUUUAGUCUACACAUCACCACCUAAAAAUGAUUUAAGAUAGUUAAUGUGCUGUCACCACAAUCUUUGUGUUGCAUUUGGAUAACUAGCUGCUGUUUACACAUUCAUGUGGUUUAUACAGCUUCUGUAGUCCAUUGUGAUGCCAAAUAUCUAGAAACGAUGACUUUAAAGCUUGCAUGUUACAUUGUGUUUGAUUUUAGGCCUUUAAAAAAAGGGGAGUUAUUUUGUGGUCAUUUUUAUUUGCAGUCAUUUAUGACAGUCUAUACAUAGGGUUCCCAUACUUGUGAAAACCUUGAAACAACAGGGAAUUUAAAUUGAUUUCCAGGCCUGCAAAAAUCAUGGAACAUCAUAAAAUGUUAAAAGUCCUAGACAUUUCUAAAGUGAGUGUAAAUUUCUUGUUAUUCUUGGACAUUGAGUUUCAGAGUCAUAUGCGUUGAAUCAAAUGCAUUGAGCUGCAUUCAGAUCUCAGGCUCUAUUUUUUUUCUGUUUGGAUACUUUUGUACUCCAUGUAUGGUUGUUUAAAUCACUUCGUUCCAAGGAUUGGUACCCGAGUUACAAAUGAAACUCCAGUAAUGUCUAAAAUGAUUUGAAUGAUACUUAAUCACUAAUAGUUGGAUAUCGUGAUAAAAGUCAUGGAAAUUCAUUAGUUAAAAGGGUGGGAACCCUGUACAAGAGCUAGACCAAAAGUAAAUGCUUUUACUGAGCUUUGUUCACGUUUUCAUGAUUUUUCAUGUUUAUAAUAUACUUAAUCUAUAACUACCAUUCAAAUGUUUGGCG